GGAUUGGGGCUGGGGCAGCUCAUUGAUAUUAGAGUAUUCGUUAUAAGAUCGAUCUUGAGCUGGUAGAACAUCCAAUCUCCCUUUCUCUCUCUCUCUCUCUCUCUCUAUCUUACUCUAGGGAAUUACAGAGGAAAUCAAAUUGCUCACUUUCACCGCGAAAAAGAAUUUCAGAUAAACAAGUGAAGGCACAUGGCUGGAUAGAUUAUUGAGAAAUGAAUGGAUCGUUGCGAGUAAACGGGAUGGAUGAGUACAUGAUAAUUGGUAGUGCAUUCGGUGCCGAAUGAACCGUUAAAUUGAAUCUAGAGCAGUGGCCCAAUAUUCGAGCAAUACGCUGUCAAUAGAUUAGCACCUUUUAGCGUUUUUCGAGUUUUGACGUUGAUGUUCUAGAUACAGAUGCGAGUAUCUUUGGCCCUAAGAAGAUACAUUUCUCUUGUAUUAACACCACACACACACACUCACACACUCAUGAAUCUUUGGGCUUUCAACUGAGUUUUUCUGGCACAUCGUAAGAGUUUCUGCGAUUAGUUUGGAAGUGGAUUCCCAGCCGAACGAACGGCAGUUGCCUCUCAACAAAAGGAUAAGGAUACACACCAUGCUAGGAUACUCAGAUAUGUCAACAAAGCCACAACGGAAGCCUCUGACCGGAGUUUGGAUGCUCGUCUUGGCCCUAUUACUCUUCGCUCUCACCCUCACCACAGUUGCCAUGCUGGAAGCUGGACGAGCACAGACCCAAGAGGAUCAGGCCAAUGCGGGAAAUGUGUUUCUUGUGAGUCGUCUGUGGACCACACACUUCAGGGCGGCCACCAAUGAAACGGGUGAUGAAAUCCCAGCCACCGUGGAGCGCGUAGCAAGAGAUGCGACCAAUGUUAGCCACAGCAAUAACUACUACGAGGAGCAACGUGCCGUGGUCGUCAAUGCGGAGAGUGCUCCACCAAUUCUGGCCGAGCGACAAGAUCAAUUUGGGCCGCCACAAAGUAGAAUGGAUUCCUACGAAGCGGAUCCCAUCUACGAAGCAGCCGAUGAAUAUGAAGUGCAGCAGUCAUCGGAGGAGCGUGAAUCAGUUGAACAGACACCGGGGGAGGGCAGAGCAGUAUCCCAGAGUCGUCCCUUUGACUCCUACUACGGCCAAUGGCAGCAUGAUUCCAAGAAAUUAGCUCCAGCAUCUGCAGAAUCAUCAGAUCCAGCCUACAAUUAUCGCAAGUUGCCGCCAGCCUCCAAUCGCCCACCAUAUCCAGUCUACGAUGAUAUUUAUGAUUACCCCAUGGGCUUUCAGCCACGUCCUAAAGAUCAGGCGAUCCCCAAGCAGGUCGUGCCCACCCAAGCUAGUGCUGUGGCCAAUGUGCCGGUUCCCACGGAAUCCACCCUGGUGACCGUCUUGAAGAGCCUAAAGCAAAUCUGGGAUCUUUACCAGGCAUUGACGAGCGCCUGGAAUGCGGUAUCUGAGCGUCAUCAAGAGAGCAGCGAACAGUUGAAGAAGGAGCGUCUGGAGAAGCAACGUCUGCGUCAGCAACAGCAGCAAAAAUUGAGAGUUAACUCGAAGAAACCGCCUCGGAUCGAGGGCGAGAAGUUGACCAAGAAGGCCAAGGGAACGACUACAACCACCAGCACAAGCACCACUACCACCACAACAGAAUCGAAUGCGUCCAACGAAGCGACAGCAGCCCCUGCCAAAGGAACCAAAGGAGACGAUGCUCAAGAGAGCUCAGUCCGUGGUCUACGCCAGAAACGAGAGCCGGAAUCUGCGAGCACAGAUGUGGGUGAGGGGCGUUAUAUCAAGGGUGAUCCGCUCAAGGGCUACUACGAUUUCGUUAUCACCGAGGGAUCCUACAAGUUUUGGGCUGCUUUCCAGGUUGGCACAGCUAUUUUAAUCAUCUACUCCACAUUCGCUGCCAUCUACUAUUCCAAGGUGAAUCCAUUGACCAGCGAUUAUGAUUAUCAGGAUUAUCUGGGAGCUAGUCGUUCGCUUUCCGGCGCCGAUGAUGAUUUUGUCGACGACAGCGAUGACACAACCACGUCAACAUCAUCUACUUCUCGUAUCAUGGAUUGGAUACCACGCACUGCGCAUUCCAUAAAAUUUAUAAUGGAUGCCAUUGAUAAAAUACCAUUGGAUCAUGAUGAGAAAUUAGAAAAAGGCUGGUCAACGGGGAGCAGCGAAACAGCGACGUCAGCUGAGACAACAGGGGAAAACUAAUUUUAAAUAUUUAUGAAAAUAAAACUAAACUUGAAAGAAAA